AUGACUGCAAGGUUCCGCUCAAAAAUUCGCAACAUCACAAUCCUUCAGUGUUAUGCCCCCGCAAAUGAAGCGACCGAAGAAGACAAAACCGCAUUCUACACUCAUCUUAACUCGGUUUACAGCAGUGUUCCGAGAGCCGAUAUCAUAAUUUUCAUGGAAGACCUCAACGCUCAAGUCGGUGCAGACAAUCACGGUCUGGAACGAUUUUGGGAAAAAAUGGCUUGGGGUCACAUAAUGAAAAUAACGUGCAACAAAGUCACAUGGGUGCACCCAGUUGGUCAUACCGAAAAUCAAAUUGAUCACGUCAUGAUUCAGCAGCGAUGGAGGAAGUCUAUGUGUGAUGUCCGAAAUAUAAGAAAUUCCGAUGUGGGAAGCGACCACCAUUUGGUUGUCAUGAGUCUCAAAUUAAAAACCGCGGCUGUAUUAAGACAAUCGCAGAAUGCUGCAAGAAAUCCAAAAUUCAAUACGAAUGCUUUAAGGGAUCACAACAUAAGUCGAAGCUAUAUCAACACCCUUGACUACAGAGCUUCGUCACUAAAUGUGAGUGUUGACUCAGAUGUUGACGAGAUGUGGAAGGAUCACUUUUGUGCAGUGUUAAAUGAGGACCCCGUUGAACAGAGUGCUGAAGAGCCCCAACUUAACGAGAUGCGCAGAUCCUACAGGGGUAUUGACCUCGAAACCCCUUCAGUAUCGGAAAUUGAAACAGCGAUUAGUCUCCUCAAAAACAACAAACAAGUACCAGCGCAAUUCCUGAAAGCUAAUCCCGCAACAGCAGCUAGUAUCUUGCAUCCGCUUAUACAAACUGUUUGGGAAAACGAAACCUAUCCCAGAGAAUGGAAGGAUUGA